AUGGCAAUGUAUGUUGGAGCACAAACAGCAGUAGGGUCGGAUUAUGGUGAUAGUGACAGCUUUGAGGUGAAGGUAGGGCUUUAUCAAGGAUUCGUGCUGAGUCCAUUAUUAUUUAACUUAGUAAUGGAUGUGGUGGCUAGAGAAAUGCGUGAAGGACUUCCUUGGGAGAUAUUAUAUGCAGAUGACCUUGUAUUAAUGGCAAACAGUGAGGGAGAAUUGAGGGAUAAAGUUAGUAAAUGGAAGAUGACUAUGGAAGCAAAGGGCCUGAAAAUGAAUGCAACAAAAACAAAUGUGAUGAUUGGUGGGGAAAAUCUAAAGAUAGAAGAAUCAGGUAAGUGGCCUUGUGGUGUAUGUGCGAAAGGUGUUGCUAGAAAUUCUAUCCAAUGCACCAGAUGCCAGAAAUGGGUACAUAAAAUAUGUAGCGGGAAAAAAGGCAGUUUGAUGUUAGAAAGAAUGACCUUUAUUUGUAAAACAUGCAUGAAAGGGAUACAUAAUAAUGAUAACCUAAAAAAUGGUGGUCUGGAUAUUGGCAAUGGGUUAACCCUAGAAAAAUUGGAUAAGUUUUGUUAUUUAGGUGAUAUGCUAAACGCAGAUGGUGGUGUAGAUUCUGCUGUUGUUGCAAAGAUCAGACUAGCUUGGAAGAAGUUCAGAGAGAUGUCGUCUAUUCUUACAAAUAAAAAUGUUUCUCUGAAACUAAGAUGGUUUGGGCAUGUGGAACGUAUGACAAGAGAUGACUGGGUAAAGAGAUGCACAAUGAUGGAAGUAGGAGGAUCAAGACCUAGAGGAAGACCCAAGAUGACGUGGACAAAUGUGAUAGCGGCGGAUAUGAGAAGCUUGAAUCUUACAAGUAUUGAUGCUCAGGACCGUCAAAAAUGGAAAAGAAAAAUCAGAGGGAAAACUGGCCUACCCGGGUAA